AUGGCGCCACGCUCUAGGANGCCAAAUCUGCGCCAGCACCCCUGUCCCCAGUGCCGGGCUCCAUUCAACAGGACAAGCCUGCGGCCCAACAAGCAGCUGGGGAACCUCAUUGAAGCCAUAAACAAGCUGGACCUGGAGAUGAUGUGCAAGGAGCACGGGGAGAAGCUGCACCUGUUCUGCGAGGACGACGGUCAGCUCAUCUGCUGGUGCUGUGAGCGGUCAUUCCAGCACAAGGGGCACAACACCACGCUCGUGGAGGAUGCGUGCUCAGGCUACAAGGAAGAGCUCCAGAAAGCUGUGACAAAUAUGAGACAACUGGAAAAGGAGUGUAGGAAUCGGAAAGAAUUCAUGACAAAGCAAAUAACCGAAUGGAAUAGGAAGGUGGAGCUUCAGACACAAAAAAUCCGGGAUGACUUCAAGGAGCUGCACAGGUUCCUGCAGGAGGAGGAGAAGUCUUACCUGUUGAAAAUAGAGAAGGAGAAUGAGCAGACUCUGAAGGCUCUGAGGGACAGCGAGGCCAGUCUGGAGCGCAAGAGGUGUGAACUCGAGAGUCAUAUCCAGCGCCUGGAGGACAGGUGUCAAGACUCAGCCCAGAAGCUGCUGCAGGGCGUGAAGGGCGCUUUGAGCAGGAGCUCGGCUGUGAAGCUGGAGAUGCCAGAUGCCCCGUCUUUGGAGAUUCAGACUGUCUGCGAUGUUUCUGAGCUUUACUUUGAUGUGACAAAGCUGUUAAGAGGCUAUCAAGUCAGCGUGACUCUGGAUCCAGAGACAGCUCAUCGGGAACUAAUCCUGUCUGAGGAUCAGAGACAAGUCACUAGGGGAAGUCCCCAGGAUAAUGUGAAAGAUUCUUCCCUUAGGUUUACCGCCUACCCCUGUGUCCUGGGCCAUCCGGGCUUCACCUCUGGACGACAUUACUUUGAAGUGUAUGUGGGAGAAGGAACUCUGUGGGGUUUAGGAGUUUGUAUGGAAAACGUGCAGAGGGAUAUUCGCAGGAGACAGGAACCCCAGUCUGGGUUCUGGGUCAUCAGGCUGUGCACCAAGGCCAGCUACAUAGCGAAGACAAGCUUUCCCCCCUUAUUUUUCCUGAGGAAGCAGCCCCGGCUUGUGGGGGUUUUCCUGGACUAUGAGGCAGGAGUCGUCUCCUUUUACAACAUGACCACAGCCUCCCACAUCUUCACCUUUCCCAGGGCCUCCUUCUCGGGUACGCUGUGGCCCUAUUUCCAGGUUUAUUCCUCUUCUCCUCUGUCUCUGCCUCCCCCAGAUGAGUAAACAAAGGCACAGUCUCCUUCUUGGCUUCACCAGCAUCAGGAAAAUAAUAUGAAUCCUGUGAGGCAGAAUUAGGUCUGUUUUCUUUCUGGUAUUUCUUUGAACCUAGAACAGUGUGGGUGGGGCCUCUCAUGGGUCCCUAAUAAUCUGCAUUGAAUGAAUAGAUGUAAGGACUGUAAAACAACACAGCUGGUCAGUCUGGAGGGAAACAAGAUCAUCGCAGUGACCAGACCUUGUCCUCUCCAUCCCCUUCCAUGUGGUCAGAGCUCUGAUUUCUGAGAGUCCUUGGGUGACCAGCAGGGUGACCCAGAGGUCAGGUCUGAGUCCUCCCAGUUCAUUUCACACCAUUUGAACUCGUGUGGGGAUGAGGGGAAGCUGCAAGUCUCGGCCCAUGGCAGGAAGUUAACAGAGCAGUGACUCCUGUGCACACUGAUGUUUGGUGAACAGCCUGAGCUACGGUUCUGGGUGGUGGUGAGUGCAGAGGCUGUCAGACCUGGCGGAAGCCAAGCCAAGUGUGAGAGAAGACUCAGAAUGGGCUGAGAGUGAGAUGCUGCAAAGGGGGAGGAGAUGAAGGAGGUCAUAACGAAGUUUGCUGAGGGACACAGUCCUGGAAUAGAAGCUGAUGUUCUCUCAACUGUACUAGCACCAUGUCUUAAAAUAUUUCUAAUCUCAGUCAAUAGGAACCGUGGUCAUUGUUCUUGGCUGUGUAGAUUAUGAUUCAGAUACAAACCAAUAGGCCUUAACUAUACAUAGGUUGACAUGGAAAAGUACAUUCCAUGUCAAACCCAAAUCAUCAGACCUGAGUUGACUAAUGACAGGACCAUGAUGGAGUCUCUAAAACAGAGAACAUUAAUGUUGACUAAAACACGUCAUAAAAUCGCUAAAUGUUAUGAUAGUUUAUAGUUGAUAUAAAAGGCGAUUUUCAUCAAUGUUGCAGUUCUCUCACUUCCUUUCUCUAGAAACAGGUGAAAUGAGGCAAAUGAGUUGUUUCCAGUUGUCUGAGGCAUGGUUGGGCCUCCACCCCCAUCAGAGGAAGACAUGGCAGAGGUCAGCUUAUCUCCCACUCUCCCCAGUGUCAUAAGUUCUCCGAGACACACUGAGAGAAACUGGGUAUAACUCAAAAGUGAAGAGCAGCAGAAUACACCACCCCACAUAUGUCACUUGGGCAUACCAUCUAUAUUGGGCUAAGGCAGAUGAGAAAAAAACAGAAACAAGAAAACCUCUUUGUCCUCCCCAUUUGCCUAAAACCAGGACAUGAAGUUGUAAAGUGUCCCCCCUCUUCUCUGUACCAGGAAAGACAGAAGCUAAUCACCAGACACAACUCUACACCCUUAUCAACCCAGAGACAGCACCAGAGGAACCUACAGGACAAACCUUGUGAAAACCAGCCCUUAUUUACUAUUACUUUCCCCAUAUCAGUCUUCACACAUUUGCAGCCUAAGAAGUCAUUUUCCUUUGUCUUGUUACUUCUCUAAAAAUCCUGUUUUUUUGAUAAGAUGCUGUAUUAGCCCAAGUUUCGCCCUCUGCUCUGAGUUGCUGAUGUCAGAGCAUCUCCACCUGUACACAGGUACCCAGGAAAAGUGGCCUGUUUCUCCUUGGCUCUCUCACUGUGACCACACUCACAGCACUCCACUUCUGACACCAGAGAUAAAGGUAUUUUUCCCACACCAAGUCGGAUGUCUCUCAAUUCAAUUCAAUUCUGACACUAACUGGAGUGGGACAGACCCCACUGGUAAAGGGUCUAGUCCCACAAGACUGUUCCUGCCCACCCCCACCUCAGACACCAGUCACGAGUCCAGGUUAUUACUCUAAUUCUGACUGACCGGGUAUAAAUUGAAGGUUCCCAUGACCCCUUCAUAGGGUUCCAUUAUUUGCCAGAACAGCUCCCAACACUCAGGGAAAUUCUUUGUUUACUAGUUGAUUUUACAGUAAAGGAUAUGGCAAAAAAGACGAAUGAGCAACCAGAUGAAAAGACACAGAGGACAAAGUCCAGAAGGGUCCCCAGCACCAGAGCUUCUGUCCCUGUGGAGUUGGGAGGUGCUCGCCAGGCACAUGGAUGUGUUCACCUUCCCAGAAGCUCUCUAAAGCCUGUGCUUCUCAGUUUUUAUGGAGGCUUCAUCAUGUAGGCAUGAUUAAUCAUUAAGUUAAUCCCCAGGUCCUCCUUUCUCUCUGAAAGGUGGGGAAUAGAGCUGAACGUUCCAAGUUUCUAAUGAUGGCUGGGUUUUCCUGGUGACCAGCCCCCACCUCAAGCCCCACAGGAGCCCACCCUAACUGGCCUCAUUAGAAUAAAAAAUGCACCUAUCACCCAGGAUAUUGCAAGAGAUUUAGGAAAUCCAUACCAGCAACCAGAGUUGAAGACCAAAUAUUAGAACAAAAGAUGCUCCUUGUGCUUUUAUUACUUAGAAAAUCACAGGGGUUUCAUGAGUUCUGUGCCAGGAACUGGGGGCAGAGGCUAAUA